AUGAAAUUUCGGCUCAAUUGCUCGGCCGUUGGCCUUCUCUCAUACCUGGGCGUGGCCGCGGCUCAAACAUACACUGACUGCAAUCCCCUGGAGCAGAGCUGUCCCGCAGAUCCCGCACUGGGCGGCUCCGCCAACUACGAUUUCACCAAGGGCGCUUCUGAUGACUUUACUGAAGUCAUGUCACCAUCAUACGGCGAGGAUGGGGCGAGCUUUACCGUGUCAAAACAAGGCGAUGCUCCCCUGAUACAGUCCAAUUGGUACAUCAUGUUCGGGCAUGUUGAAUUUGUGAUUAAGGCUGCACCGGGAACGGGUAUUGUCAGCAGCGCUGUCCUGCAGUCGGAUGAUUUGGACGAGAUUGACUGGGAGUGGCUAGGGGGAAACAAUCAAUUUGUUCAGACGAAUUACUUCGGAAAAGGCAACACUGCCACCUACAACCGCGCAGCUACCCAUGCCAAUUCAGGGAACCACGAUACCUUUCACACGUACACUAUCGAUUGGACUUCAUCCCAUGUCGUCUGGCAGAUAGACGGCCAAACCGUUCGCGUUCUUACCCCCGAUUCUGCCGAAACCAACCAAUACCCGCAAACACCUAUGAUGGUCAAAGUUGGAGUUUGGGCAGGUGGUGACCCCACCAACAAUGAGGGCACGAUCGACUGGGCGGGUGGCCAGACCGAUUAUACUGCCGGACCUUUCACCAUGUACCUGAAGUCUAUCAAAGUGACCGACUAUUCGACCGGCAACUCUUAUUCAUACAGUGAUAACAGCGGGUCAUGGGAUUCGAUAGUGUCAGACGGUGGCAAGGUCAACGGCAACAGUGCUGCUCAGUCUAUGACUGAUGUUGGGACGGUGCCCUCAAUAACCGCGACUGCCGACAGCGGACCAAUUCCCUUCGAAGGAACGCACCGCGAAACUACAAGUUUUACGACGCCCAGCAUCUAUCCUUGGGUUCCCCGGCCAAGCAGCAACGAUGACUCAGACUCCUCCCCGUCUACGGAUUUGCCAGGAGACUGGCACUUUGCCGGCAGCGGAAAAGCCCAACCACCCAGCCGGUCCUCUAUGAGUGAGCAUUGCCCACACUUCCGUUUUGUCCCCUGGUCGAAUUUCAUGCUAAAGCGAUGCCUUUUUACAACCCAGUAUACGCGCCCGUCUACGUCUGCCUCGUAUCACUUCUGGUCGGGUUUAUACUCCCCCUCCGACCCUGAAAGCACGCAAGAAGCCCCUCAAUGGGUGUUCCCUGAAACGAAGACGGCAGAGCUAUCCGAAGCAGCGACCGACGAUAUCGAAAGAAUCGCGGCCAAAUCAGGACCAGGUCACAGCAGGGCACGGACUGUCAAUGCCGCAAAACGCGUGUUUGACGUCCCUUGGGCACUCGGUGCAUCAUGUGCGCUUCUAGGUAGCUUACUAGCUUCUGCCUGA